AUGGUGAGAGAGUCGAGAUCAGCCCGUGAAGCUUGGGAGACGCUACAGACAUUCUUCGUGCAGAAGAAUCUACAUAACCGCGUACAGCUGAGCAAACAGCUACAUGAUUUCGAGAUGCCCCCCGGUGAGAAUUUGAUGGACCAUUUGAUGCGUUUCGAGGACCUCUUCUUGAGGCGGACCGGCGAGACGGUGACAGACGACGAGAAACAAGUUACUCUGUUGGGGAGUUUGCCUGCAGAAUAUGACGGGAUGAUCAAAAUCAUCGAGGCCCACGGGUCUGUGACGUUGCUAGAUGCGAAGGAGAUGCUACGACGAGAGUAUGAAGCUAUGAAGAAACGAGAGAAACAAGAAGGAGCGUUUAAAGCGGUUGCGCAGGACGCGCGCAAGGAUCGCAGUCGUAAUGGCUUGGAGUAUCGCGGUGGUGCUCGAGACCAAGGAGGUCGUGGACAGGUCAGAGGCGUAGCCAGCAGCGUGUGCAUCAACGGAAUAACACGUUCUUCAGCGGGCGAUGCUUCGAGUGCAACGAGGUUGGUCAUAAGCGUGUUGACUGCCCUCAACAACGCAAUGAUUUUGGUGAUGACUCGGGAGAAGUCGUAUUUUCGGUCAAUGAUAGCAAAUGUGCAUCCAGUUGGCUGCUGGAUAGUGGCGCCAGCUCGCACAUGA